GACCGUGCAAAGCAUCUUCUAGGUCCCCGGGCCCGCUGCUGUGCCCAUCUUCCCCACAGGGCCGGUGCCUCGGAGUGAGAAACGACCUACUUUCAAGGACCUUAUAUGUUGAGAGGGGAGGAGAAUAAAAAAAAAUAAAGAAGCAAAGCAAAACUUAUCUGUAGCUAUGACUGAUCAAACACCUUCACUUUGGAGCUUCGGAACAACAAAAACAUUUCAAAUUCCCAUUGAACAUCUGGAUUUCAAAUUUGUUGAAAAAUGUUCAGAUGUUAAGCAUUUGGAAAAGAUUCUUGUUGUACUCAGGUCUGGUGAGGAAGGAUUUUACCCUGAACUUAUAGAAUGUUGUGAAAAACGCAUUCAAAGCCUAUGUCCUGAAAGUAGAAUCUUGCGAAAGGAGAAACCUGCAGCAACAGCAUCUAGUUUUACACGAGAAGAAUGGGAAAAAAUCGAUGGUGAUAUAAAGAGUUGGGUAUCGGAAAUAAAAAAGGAAGACUCCAAGGUGCAUUUUCAUGAAAUGGACACAUUUCAGGAAUUGGAAGGCCACCUGCCUCCAGUUCGUGGCACAAACAGCCCCCUUAAUACUGGCAAGGAAAAAGAUAAUAAAUCUAGAUCCUCUCAGAAGAAGAAAGUACCAAGAGAUUAUGCAGAGUGGGAUAAAUUUGAUGUGGAAAAAGAAUGUUCAAAGAUCGACGAAGAUUACAAAGAAAAUACUACACCAAAUAUCAGCUCCCAUUCACUUAAAAUUGAGAAGAAUAUUGGUACAAUAGGUCUGAGUGACAAAGAAAGAGAUUUCUUAGCUACUCGUGAAAAAGAAAAAGGUAACGAAGCCUUCAGUUCAGGUGACUAUGAAGAGGCUGUGACAUAUUACACUAGGAGCAUAUCAGUAUCUCCCACGGUGGUUGCAUAUAACAACAGAGCUCAAGCAGAAAUCAAACUAAAGAACUGGAAUAACGCUCUUCAGGAUUGUGAAAAAGUGUUAGAGUUGGAACCUGGAAACUUAAAGGCAUUUAUGCGACGUGCCACUGCAUAUAAACAUCAAAACAAGUACCGUGAAGCAAUAGAGGAUUUGAAGAAAGUGCUAAAUAUUGAGCCAGACAAUGUUAUUGCUAAGAAAAUCUUGUCAGAAGUUGAAAAAGACCUGAACAAGUCUCAGCCUGAAUCUGCUCCCAAAACCAAAGGAAAGAGAAUGGUUAUUCAGGAAAUAGAGGAUUCAGAGGAUGAAGAUGGAAAAAGAAGUGGAGAACAUGAAAAUGGCAGUGGAGAUAAGAAAACCGAUGUGCCCGUGAGAGGAGAGCAGAGAAGUGACCAGCCUGAAAUGGGAAAUGUGCAGAAUAAGUUUACUGGCAAAGGCAAUGGGAAAAAGUCCCGAGGAAAGCAGGCCCAGAAGUGCAGAGAUCGCGCCGUGAGUGGAGCCACCUCCCAGGGACAGAACUCCAAGCCUUCACCCAGACUCGGAGGGGAAGUGAAUGGCCAUCUCGAGAGUGACAAAAAAACCGCAGGUGGGAGCGGGGGGGCCAAGGAGGUCGCCAGACCUGGACCAGCUCCCUCUCCUCUGCCCCUUCCCGCCGCCACCGCCGCAGACCUGAAAAGCCAAGGGAAUGAGCUCUUCAGGAACGGGCAGUUUGGGGAGGCAGUGCUUAAAUACUCACAGGCAGUGGAAAAACUCCAGGGUUUAGGAAGUGAAAGUGCCGAUGAACUAAGUGUCUUAUACUCCAAUAGAGCAGCAUGUUACCUAAAGGAAGGCAACUGCAGUGGCUGCGUUGAAGAUUGUAACAGGGCUCUGGAACUUCAUCCAUUUUCAAUAAAACCUCUCUUGAGACGAGCAGUAGCAUAUGAAACCAUGGAGCAGUAUCGAAAAGCAUAUGUAGAUUAUAAAACAAUAUUGCAGAUAGACAACAGAAUACAGGCAGCAAAUGAUAGCAUUAACAGAAUAACAAGAACUUUAAUAGAUCAAGAUGGCCCAACUUGGAGGGAAAAACUGUCACCAAUUCCAGCUGUUCCCUUCUCAGUUCAGUUACAUAGAUUAGAUGGAGGAAGUCCUGCAGCACGGCCGACGCAGGACGGAACUACCGAGUCUGGACCCCAUCAAAAAUCACAGGUCACAGGUACAAAACGUGAAGAAAUGUUCACAACCCUUAAGGAAGAAGGAAAUGAAUUUGUAACGAAAGGGAAAUAUAAAGAAGCUCUUGACAAAUACAGUGAAUGUUUGGAGAUAAAUCACAGCGAAUGUGUCAUCUACACAAACAGGGCUCUUUGUUACUUGAAGUUAUGCCAGUUUGAAGAGGCAAAACAGGACUGUGAUCGAGCUCUUGAGAUAGAAGAGGCUAAUGUUAAAGCUUUCUAUAGGAGAGGUCUUGCUCACAAAGCACUAAAGAAUUACCAGGAAAGUUUUAAUGAUCUCAACAAAGUUCUCCUCAUAGACCCAAAUGUUUCUGAAGCAAAGAAAGAGCUAAAAGAGAUAACUGUAUUUCUUAAUAACAAGGAUGACACACCACUACCCAGUCAAGAAAAGGAAAGAAGGAAAAUAGAAAUUGAAGAGGUGGUGGAGAGCAGUGAGGAGCAGCCUCAAGGUGGUUCUCCAGAGAAUGUCUCAGUUACCUGCCACGAUUUGGAGAAAGGGCCAGCAGGCAGCAGGUCUCUGGCAAUGGGCUUGGAAAAACUCCGCAUCUCAAAACCUGCUAAUGCCUAUGAAUUUGGGCAAAUUCUAAAUGCCAUAAACACAAGGAAGGAUGAAGAAGCCUGUGCAGAGCUCUUAGCCAUCACAGAUCCAAAAGAUUUGCCAGCAUUGCUGAGUAACAAGCUGGAAGGGGAUACUUUCCUCCUCCUCAUCUCGUCUCUGAAAAAUCACCUUCUUGAUAAUGAUCCCGAAUUGGUCUAUCAGCAUCUUUUACAUCUAAGUAAAGCAGAAAGAUUUAUGAUGAUGUUGACACUGCUUAGCAAAGGACAAAAAGAACAGACUGAACAGCUGUUGGAGGCCCUUUCAGACAAAUCAAACCAUGCGUUUACUUCAGAGGAUGUACAGAACUUGAAAAAGCAUUAUGAGCUUUAAGCCAAGAUUUUUUUUUUUCGAAUUUCUGCAUCCAUGAGUGGGGUCCCAGGAAUAGUUCUGGGCUGGGGCUAUAAACUGCCUGGGUGGGUGGAUAAAGUUUGGUUUUGGAAGGUGCCCUCUUUGUCUGGACUGUUGAAGAUUUGAAAACAAUUGUGUAUGCACAUUCUACAAUCUGCUGCUCACCCUCUACCUGUAUAUGUUGUCUUCCCUAGAGACUUAAUAUCUUUUUAUUUAAUUAGUUGACUUGAUAUUGAUUCAUUUUGAGUGUAUUUAAGUGCAUUCACCUUUUAUAGUUUCCAUCUGUCCUUUUAGUCAUUCCUUUGGUAAAACACUUGAGCUAAAUUUGCAUUCUCUUGUACUCAGAAAAUGAGACCUUUUAAAGUUUAGUAGAAAUGUGUUUACUUAGUUGGCUUUUAAAAUUUAAUUCCAUGAAAAUCUGACUACUAUGUCAUCUUCAUUUCUUGCCAUAAAAUACACAAAGCCCAUUUUUAUACUGUUAAUGGAAAGAUGAAAUGGACACAGUUAAAGAAAUACAGAGUAUCCCAAAAGUCUUAGUGCAGACUAAGCUUCAAUGAGCACUGACACUUUUUGGGACAUCUUGUGCUUUGGUACUAUGAAGGCAUGUGGUUAUGAAAGAAAUGGCCCAUAUUUAGAUAAAAACGAAAUGUGAAUUCUGGAUAAUCAGGCUUUUCAGGCAUAUGAAAGAAUAUUCCUUUACUGUUUCUCAAAGCAGUUAUGGGAAGCCAUAAUUUGCCUUUCUCAAAGAGGUCUGUCUACCGUUGUACAUGAUUUUUUUUUUCCCAUUGGUGUUUGUUGCACACAUUAUUUCAACAGUCAUUUCUUAUUUAUAUCUGACAGCAAUUGGUCUUAAUUAAAACAUUAAUAUUAUGGAAAAGUCCUAUAGUUUUGCUUAAAGACCUUAAAAAGCAGGGUACUAUGUGCUUAUGAAAACGGAAACAGAAGUCAUUUUGCAAAAACCACCUGGUCUUACUCUUUUCUUUGACUGGUCUCAACCAAAUGUUUGCAUUAUUUUUCAACCAGAUUUUACUACUAGUCACUUAAGUUCCCUUUUCUUUUUGUCUGUAAAUCUGACCACAUUUGCUUCCUCACUAUGAAAUUGAAACUAAAGACUUUGAGGCUUAUUAGUACUGAAAGUUUCUCUCAGUUGUACCCUAGGAUUAAAGGAACAGCAUUUCAUAUAAUCUGGGAAGCCAGCUCUCUACCUAGCAUAACUGGUGCUGGGAAGACCUCUUAAAGACACUGAGCUCAAUUUAUUCAGGAAGCAAGAUUCUUAGUACUGCAUGAUAUGUCUUCUGUCCCAUUUCCUCCUUUUUUUGUUAAGUUCUUUUUUCCUUUUUCUAGGAUAGGUGGUAAUAAGUAGUGGCCUUAAAAAAAACCCCAAUGUUUCUAUACUUAUGGGCCACCCUAGAAUCAAUGCAGAUUGUAAUCCCUCUUCAACUUAGACUGUCUGAUUGGCUGAAAAAUCCAUUACCUGGUGGCCAGCCUUCAAGUAAUGAACCUCUCUCUCCAAAUGUAGCUUAUCUGGUCCUUGGAAAGUACACAGUGGAGCCCAUACAUUGCCAUUUUGUACUGAAGCUGUCUCAGCUUGGUGGGAUGUGCUGGAGACUUUACUCCUUUGCCAUAAUCCUUGUGAUCCCAGGAUCCCCUUCCACACUGUGGAGAAGUACUAUACAUGAUAGAGUUAUAUUCAGAUAUGGUUUGGUUGUCUUUGAAAACGUUGUCACUAUGUCCACAUAUGUAUUUUUAGUGGGGGGGGUUUUAAACUGGAAUGAUAAAAAAGUUUAUAGAAAAAAAUGUUGUACUGACUUUUUAGCUCUUUUAACCUAGUCGCUGUUCCCAGCUAUAGUUUUACUUAAGAACUGCACAAAUUAAAAAUGUGUUAUAAGAAGCACUCUACCUCUAGCUUUUAAAAAAGAACAUUUCUUCCUUUGAAAUAUAAAGUAAAACAGUAAAUUAUUGACUUAUUCGUAGAACUCAUUUAUUAAAAUGGGACCACAGUCACUAAGGUUUUUAUUAAUUUACCAUUUUCUUUAUUUAGUAACUUAGAAAAAAUUAUUUGUGAUGCUGUAAUUGUAGAGCUGUACAAUGCAAGAAAAAGAAAAAUGCAUGUAAAUUGUACCAAAGAACCCGUCUUCUUUAGUGACUGUCAGUUGUGUCUGCUGCUUUCAAGGUAGAAAACUGUACUUCAUAUGAAAUGGUGGCAGAUUAGAUUAAGGAUGCAACUUAAAACAUAAAAACAUUUUUUAAAAGCACCCAAGACCCUUUAUUCUGGUUAGCUUUUAUUUUGCAAUUUGCUUUUGCUGAUGUGCUGCCUGAACAAUUCACUGGAGUUCGGCUGCUCUGUAUCCUAAUUUCUUUAGUCCUAGUGCAGAUCUGGCAGUUUGUUUGGGCACAAGUCCAGAUUUCACAAGUUGGUAGGGAGCCCAAGCCAGACUGUGGCAUGCAUAACAAUAACAAGGUUUUAUCUGAGUAUCUCAUUUCCAUUUGAUGCAUAUUAGUGGUAUGAAGAUUUGACCUGGUCCUUCUUGAAAGACUUGUUUCUGUCUGUUCCUCAAAGAAUGUGAUCCUUUUGACGGUGGCUAUCUUAUACCAAUCAGAUGAGUCUACAUUUUCCUGCAGUAAGCUUUCUUAUUAUGCAGUUCAGCCAAUGUCUGUUAAGUGCCUACUUUGUGUAAAGCACAGUAGAAGAGUGGGGCUUUCUGGUUAAUUAAAUAUUUUGGCUAAUUCAAUUACCUUGUGGUAUUCAUGGACUUAAAAACUUUCCAAUAAUGGUAAUAAAAUGUACUUAUGCUGCUGAA